AUGACGAAUACAAUAAAUAAUUCAAGAGAAUUAACGAGUGAUACUGUUAAUCCAAAAAGUCCUUUAGAAUUUUCUUGGACAUUUUGGUAUCUUAAACCAGAUAAACGUACAAGUUGGGAAAAUUCGUUAGUUAAAUUAAUUGAUGUUGGAUUUGUGGAAGAUUUUUGGGCAACAUUUAAUCAUUUAGCAUUACCAUCACGUUUAGCAUCGCAGAAAAAUAAUUCCGAUUAUUUCUUCUUCAAAAAAGGAAUACGUCCAAUGUGGGAGGAUGCAGAAAAUGCCAGAGGUGGUCGUUGGUUAUUAACAUGUGCAAGUACAGCUAAUAAACUCGAUGAUCUAUGGCAAGAAACAUUACUUGGUAUGAUUGGUGAUUGUUUCUCCCUUGAUAGUGAUGCUCAACCGUUAAGUCACUUUAUAACUGGUUGUAUUGUAUCAAUUCGUAAUCGUGGUCAUAAAAUAGCUUUGUGGUUAUCUGAAGGUCAAAGUGAAACAAUAAUACGUGAAAUUGGCCGUCGAUGGAAAUCAAUGAUAAAUUUAUCACCAGAUACUCGUAUUCAGUUUGAUUUGCAUAAUGAAAAUACUAGUGGACCAGCAAAAGCUCCAAUGUUUGAAGAAUAG